AAAGAAGCCCACUCUUGUAGAUUGCGACAAAGCCCAAAUGAGAAUGAGCUAGACACAGGCCGGCCUACCAAACCUCCCAGGUCCAAAUAGAUUCCUCUACAAUCUCCUUCAUUUUUCAUUUUCCUUCUCUCUUCCAAUCUCCAAAAUUCUUCUGUUGUUUGUUCGUUGUGAUCAUUGAUGAGCAUGGAAUCCGGAGCUGGACUUCCUUACGACAGACAAUUCCCCAUGUACGGCAGGCCAUCAACCGCCGCUCCACAGCCACAGCCUCAUCCCAUGUACGGACAAUCUACGGGACUCUAUCCUAGACCUGGUCAACACUCCGCACCCCGCAACCCUCCUUUUCAUCACUCGCCUUCUUCCUCUUCAAACACUGGAAUUGGCAUCAGAGUUGUUAUAAAGCCCGAAUAUCGGAUUACACCUCCGCCUCAAUUGACAACACAAGUGGGAGACAUUCCCCGAAGCACAUUCAACUUUGAUUUUGAACUUGAGAAACAGAUUCUGGCCGAAGCAGAAAAGGAAAGACCGAACUGGAGCAGGCUGGGGCUGGAACAUCCUCCAUCUAGAAAGCCUGAACAAACUAACAUGGGAUACACCGGAGAUCCUAUUAUGAACAAAUACGCAACAUCUGGUUUCAAUAGAGAGGCUGUGGCCCUAGCAAUUGCAAAUUAUGGAGAUAAUCCGGUCAAGGUCAAGGAAUUUGCGGAGGGAUAUACUCUCUUGAAAGAGAUGGGAUUCUCAUCAAACAGCGUUGCAGAUGCCUUACUGAUGAAUGACAAUGAUAAAGACAAGGCCGCCGCUCAGUUGCUUGGCAAUUCAUUAUAAUUUACUGCGCAUGUAAUGAGGGUAUCAGUACAUUAUAAUGUCAUUGUAAAUGUAAUGUUGAGCCAUUUACGUGUGUGCAGAUAAGAUAUUUUCUGAUUAGUCCUAUUAAUAACUUUUAAAUGAGUAACAUUUUGCAAAAAGGGCUCAGUGAUCAUUCAUCUUCCA